AAAAUUCAUUAGCUUUUAAUCAUUAGUUUUUGUAAUUAGUUUAAAUUUGUUAUAAAAAAAAAAAACAAAAUCAAUAUACUUGUAGAUUUUUUUUAUUGCAUAUGACAAAAACACUAGUAAACAAGUUAAAAAUCAUCAGCAAAAAUAAGUUUUGACUGUAAAAUCUAGUUUUGAUUGGUAAAAAUCUGCUUGAAGUCGGGAACAUGACUAAUCGUAUGGGAAAAAAUGAUGAAAAGAUCCAUCGAUUAGCGACUUCCAUUAGAAAAAGAUUUGAGGAUUUACCUCCUAUAUCGCCCAAUUGUUGUAUAUAUAAAAUCCCUCGACCCCUUCGAAUGGUGAAUAAAUCAGCCUAUAAACCAUGUUUAAUUUCGAUUGGCCCUUUUCACUACGGUAAGAAAGGGUUAGAACCCAUGCAAGAGCACAAAUUAAGGUACUUGCAAAACUUCCUAAAAAGAAAUGAGAAGAAAAACUUGUCCAACUAUUUGGAAAAGAUUAAGCAAUGGGAGAAAGAAAUACGUGAAUCUUACGUAGAGAAUGUCGAGUUAGAUAGCAAGGAAUUCAAUGAGAUGGUUUUGUUGGAUGGGUGUUUUUUGAUCGAGUUUUUAUUACUUUGGUUCCUCGAUGAAGCAGAAGUGAUUGAUUCCAUAUUUAGGAAACCAUCUUUGGAAGUUGUAAUUAUGCGCGACAUCUUAUUGUUAGAAAAUCAACUUCCAUUUUUUGUCUUGGAAGGCUUGUAUAACAUUGCUUUUGGUGAUGAGAAAUUGGUGCCACAUCAUCAUACUGAAAAUUCUGAAUCCACCACUGACUUUGAUGAUAUAGAUAAGAGUGACACUACAAGGUCACUACCAUCCUUCAUAGGUCUAUGUUGCCAAGUACUAAUUGUGGGAAAAACGGAGAUUUUGGAGAAAUUUGACGAUUGUAAAGUUUUACAUCUUGUUGAUUUCUUAAGGACAUGUUAUUUGCCUUCGGUUCUUAGGGAUCCAAAUGAGGGUGAAAAUGAUGAUUUGGACUUUCCUCCUACCGUGGAGAGGCUUCAAGAUGCCGGGAUCAAAUUUGAGGUGGCAAAAAAUGGAUCCUUACUAGACAUAGAAUUCAGUAACGGCAUCUUAAGAAUUCCUAAAUUAGAGGUGGAAGACCACACAGAAUCAUUACUUCUAAACUUAUUGGCAUUGGAGCUAUGCCAUUAUCAUUUUGAUUCUUAUAUAGUCGAUUAUGUUGUGUUGAUGGAUGUUCUAAUUACGACUCUUAAGGAUGUUGAUAUCCUUGCGACUAAGGGGAUCAUAAUGAACUCCUUAGGUACCACAGAAGAUUUUGCAGAAAUAUUCAACACUAUAUGCAAGGGAACAACUUAUCAAGUAAAAGGGUUCUAUUAUUCUCGUCUUUGUAAACAACUAAGUGCAUACUACAACACACGUUGGCAUCGAUGGAGGGCGACGCUAAAGCAUGAUUAUUUUAGCAAUCCAUGGACAAUUAUUUCAUUCAUUGCUGCAAUUAUGUUAGUCAUACUUACUAUUGUACAAACCAUUUGUACUAUUAUUUUAAUGUAAUAUUUUAUAAACUUGUAAAUAAAACUGACUUACCAUCGUAAGACCACCUUUUAGGUGGUUGGAUCGAGGGAAGAGAGAAAAGAGAAUAGAUGGAGUCACAUGCUUAUAGUGACUCACAGAAGUGGUUUUAUGAAAUAAAACGGUUUUAGACAAAUAUUUUUCUUUAUA